AUGAUCUACAUAGCUAGGAAUGCAAAGGAUGUAGCGGUAUCGUACUAUCACUUCUACAGAAUGGCCUAUGGACAUCCAGAGCCUGGGACAUGGGAUGAAUAUCUAAAUACCUACAUGGAGGGCAAUGUUGCUUUUGGAUCAUGGGCCAAACAUGUGAAGGGCUGGUGGGAGAUGAGGAAAAAACACAGGCUAUUGUACCUGUUCUACGAGGACAUGUUGGAGGAUCCAAAACGUGAGAUCCGAAAGGUGAUGAAGUUCAUGAAUCAGGAACUUCCUGAAGAGAUUGUUGAAAAUAUACACAAGAACACUUCCUUCCAGGCUAUGAAGGACAACCCCAUGGCCAACUAUAGUACCUUCCCAUUCAUGGAUCACUCAAUAUCCCCGUUUAUGAGGAAAGGAAUUUUUGGUGACUGGAAGAACCAAUUCACCGUAACCCAGAACGAGAUAUUUGACGACUAUUACCAGAGGGAAAUGUCUGACACGGAUCUCACCUUCCGUAUGUAA